UGGGAGAGAAGCAGCACAGUGUCAGCCUUGUAAUACUCCUUGAACACAACUAAGAUGAGGCUCCUGGCUUGGCUUUGUGUGGCUGCUUCAUGGAUGGCAGCCGCCAACAGCUCAAUCCUGACUCAGAUCCCAAACUCCAUAAUUAUCCCAGAAAACAAUUCUGUUUCCAUUACUUGCAAAGGGGAAGCCCAAAUUGCACAAAGGGGGAUUUUCUGGUACCGGCAGACCAACGGAAUAUACAACUUUCAGUUCCUCAUGCAUGUAAGCACCAGCGGCAGAGAAACGCAUGCAGAAGGCAUUGAUCAAAGGUUCAAAACUACUCUGAGAACCGGAACUGAACUCUGCACCUUGAAGAUCAGCCUGAUCAAGAAAGAAGACAGUGGGAUGUAUUACUGCUCCGUCUCACAUGGUGGAACAUUCACAGUGGCCAAUGGAACCAACCUGACAGUAGGAGAGCUUCCUCCACCUCCACCCCCAACCACCAAGCCAACGAAGCCAAAGCCAAGAAAACUCUGCCCCUGUUCCAGUGGGAAUCUAAAGACGAAGGGCUUCUCCUGUGGCUCUCUGGUUUUGGGGCCCCUGGCUGGAGGUGCUGCUGCCCUGCUUGUUGCUGUGGUCAGCACCCUGUACUAUUUCAGCAGGCUGCCCAAGAAGUGUCGUCACAGAAUGAUAAAGAAGAAGCUGUUGCAAUGAAUCGUCUCUUUACUGAGGUUCCAGGGGGCCAUCAAUCAAGGUCCCCCUUGUUUGCCAUCCUGUGGGACAGGACUACAUGAUAUGAAUGAAUGUGUUGGGAACUCUAGAACAGAAGAUUUCAAAGGACUUCAUAAAAUCUUGAAAUGCAUACUGAUAGUUCAAAGCAAUCAUACACAUGGUAACAAUUUACUCUGUGUCUUUAUCUGCACUGUAAUAACACAGCAAUGGCACAUACUGUAGUCAUGUAGUUACUAUGCACCGUUCAAUUACAAUGUAUCUACAGAAGCUGUUGUGUUUUAACAAAGAGAUUUCCCGGUAAUUUCAUUGUAGUUAGAGGCAUUUACUGUGAAGUGUUACCUUAUCAAUAGCUCGUGUCAUUUCCAUGGCUUGUCCUUGCUUCACGUGUGGCACAGCAUCUCCUGGGUAUUUGCAUUUGAAGACAGGGCUGUGAUGAGAUACCAGCGUGCAGUCUGAUCUUCAGACCUACCAUAGAGCGUCAUUAAUACCACUCUCUCUUCUUCCAUGCCUAUACCCACUGUAGUGGCCCCCCAAAGAUAGCACGUGAUUGGGACUCCUGUUUCAGCACCAUCGUGACGCUUCAUUAUAGAUUCCCUUGGCUUUUUAAAAAUUCAUAACAUGAUAAUGCAUUACAGCAUUGAAAAGGCUUACAACACAUUCAGUAAAGCUUUAUGCCAAUAUUUUGCAACAAACUGCUAUUCCUUGUUAACAAUCUUAAUAACACAUUUCUCCAUUUGAGCAAGUCCUUAAACUAAAGUGUGACCAGUAUUCCUUUAAAAAUACCCUAUUGUUUUCCAUUUACCAAUCUAUGCAUAGCAUUCCAGUUGUGUAUCUAUAAAUAGCUGCUGCUAACAAUGAUUUUCAGAAAAUCCGCUUUUCUUAUUUUCUUACU